CUGAGCUCUCUUGAUCUGCAUCUUGUUUGCAUUUUGAUUGCACCAUUGUUCUUGUUUGCUUGCUGAUUGAAGCCAAACGAUAGAAGAUACUGCUGCAGAAUUGUGUGUCAGUUUGGGAUUCUUUGGCUGCCUCAAGUCUGUUGCUUGUGUGCCUGUACGGUGCAUCCUAGAGUCAUUCCUUUGCCAGAUUCUUAGAUUGAGAAACAAUGGGGGAUCACAACAAACAAAAGCCAGCGGAAUCUAGUGCUGACAAGCUAUACGAGAUGUUCAGCAAGAUGUUUGAACAGCAACAGCUGAAUACAAUCCCUGCAAUUUUCAGGUAUGCACUUGAACCUAAUCCGGUGAAAUUGUCCGGACCAGGCAACUACAUUAGUUGGGCUCGUCAUGCCCAAUUGAUUUUGAGCUCUCAUGGAUAUAUUGAUCUGCUACUUCCUAAUGAAGAAGUAGAUAUACAGAGUGAUGUCAGUGCUAAACAAGUCAAUGACAAAGUACUAGUGUGGAUGUUGGGAAGCAUGGAACCAACAGUCCGAGAACAAGUUGAAACUAUGGCCAGUGUCUCAGAAGUUUGGACUGCUCUAGAGAGGCAGUUUGCAGGGAAGUCAAACAAGAUGCAGGCUACUCGUGUCAUGCACGAGUUAACUCACCUAAAGCAAGACUCAAAAUCUAUAACCGAGUAUGCCGGUGAGAUGAAAAAAUUAUACAGAGAUUUGCAUUACUAUCAUCCAUUUGAACCUGUUGACAAGAGGGACUUGGCUAUUCAUCACAAAUGGUUUGAGUCUUUUGUGAGCAAGAUUUUUUUAGAUGGUCUGGACCAGAAAUUUAACCUUCGCCGUCAAUUAAUUUUCUCGAAACCAGAAUGGCCCAGCCUAGAAGACGUUGUGUCUAAUGUCAUGGAGGAGGAAACACGACUUGCUGAUGGUAAUGAGGAUACUCAGAACGUUUUAGAUGCUCGUGCAGCCAUGCUACAAUCAAUGCGUACCCCUAGAAAAAGGGUGAGUGCAGAUAAUAACAGAUGGUUCUGUGACUACUGCAAGAAAACAGGGCAUAUCAAAGACAAUUGCUACAAGCUGCAUGGUUUUCCACCUGGAUGGCAAAAAGGGAGAUCUCAGCAAGGGGGAGCUGUAGGUGGUAAGUGGAAACAUGCUAAUCAUGCUGCAAGUACAGGAGAGGUACCAGUGGUAGAUCUUCAAGCACUCGAGGAGUUUAAAUCCAAGCUCAAAAUCUCAGAAGGCUCAUCUUCCUCCCAAGGUUCCUCUAAAGCUGAUUCCAGUUUCUUUGUCACUUCCCAAGGAGUUGGGGACAGGGAGACUACUUGGGACUGGGACCAUGCGUGAUGGUCUCUACUAUCUUGAUCAAGGUAGUGAUGAAGUUGCCCUUGCAACCUGCAUGUCUCCUAGUCAAGAAUUAUUUCUCUACCACUGCAGGCUUGGACACCUCUCUUUUACCGCCUUAUCUCGUAUUUAUCCUUCUUUAUUUAGCUCGUGCCACAUGGAAUCUCUAGUAUGUGAUGCUUGUGAGUUGGCUAAACAUACAAGGGGUACCUAUCCUAGUAGGGCAUUAAGAAGCAACAAACCAUUUGAUGUUAUCCACUCUGAUGUUUGGGGACCCUGCGAGGUUCACUCUGUUUCUGGACAUAGGUGGUUUGUAACCUUUAUCGACUGUUUUAGCCGUUAUACUUGGCUUUAUCUACUGAAAAAUAAAAGUGACGUGUUUUCAGUUUUCAAAGAUUUAUUUUCUCUUAUUAGAAACCAGUUUGGAACAACUAUAAAGAUUUUACGUUCUGACAACGGUACUGAAUAUAUUAACCAUGAGUUCAGGGAUUUCCUUGCAUUAAAUGGCAUUGAACACCAGACAACAUGUGUUAACACCCCUGAACAGAAUGGUGUUGCAGAACGUAAAAAUCGUCAUUUACUUGAAGUUGCUCGUUCACUUAUGUUUACCAUGAAUGUUCCUAAGUUUCUUUGGGGAGAGGCAAUCAAAACUGCAACAUACUUGAUAAAUCGCAUGCCUCUCCGUGUUCUUGAUUAUAAGAC